UUAGUUCCCCCUUAAUUCCGUGGCGCUAGUAUCAACUUUUGUUGACUGGUAUAUAUUAUCGUUUUUUCAAUUUUUAUUUUAAAAUUAAUGUAAAAAAUAAUUAAUUAAAGUACUUAGGAGGAAAAACUUGUUUUAAAUUUAUCUUUAUAAUUUACAUAUGACUAAAAUAUUCGUUGAUCUUCUGUGUGAUUAGAUGAAACUCGUUAUGAAAAUGAGGUUAUGUUUAUAAACUAAUUGUUUUUUGCUCUUUUAUAAAAAAAACAGUUGAAUUCAUAAUUUUAAAUUAAAUAUUAAGAAAAUGACAAUUGAACUGUGUACUUAAAUAUACGUUAGUAAUUCGAACUUUUGUUCAAACUUCUAUUUGACUCGUUUUUUUGGAACAGCAGAUAAUUACAGGAGAAUCUUCCUUGGAACGGAAACACGAUUCAGUCUCUUUCCUUCUUGUUACUGAUCGUCUGUCAAGCUUUACACGAGAGCUGGCACAAGCAGAAGCACUAAUGAGCUGGGCAUCUCUUGCUCUGGAGCACAUUGACGAGUGUCCUGUUGAAUUCAACCUCAAGCCACCGCCACCAUCGUUGCAUUGAUGCCUUCUCUCUAUGCCUAGAAUAUAUAUAUAUAUAUAUAAUAUUAUGCAAAUAUGAAAAGUAUUCGUGGAAUAUAUUUUUGCUGCAAAAUCAUAACGAAAUAUCUUAAUUAACUCGAAUUCAUUAAUCAAAAAAAAAAUGAUGAAAAUUUAUUCACUGGAUGAUUUUAUUUACGGAUGUAUUUUACUGAUACUCUGGCUACUUUACCUUUUUCUAAUUCUCGCAACAACUUCCGAUAAUUUUUUUUGUCCAUCUUUGGGAGUAAUUUCCACGGUAUUUCGACUUUCUGAUAGUAUUGCUGGAGUGACAAUUUUAGCUUUUGGAAAUGGAGCACCUGACAUAUUUACUUCUUUGGCUUCCAGCCCAGAUGACAGUAUGAUCAUGUUCACAGAAUUAAUAGGAGCUGGAGUUUUCGUCACUGCUCUCAUUGCUGGCUCUGUGGCUGUAUUUGCGCCAUUUCAAGUGCAUUGGAAGUCCUUUUUGAGAGAUUGCUCUUUUUAUAUCUUAGCUACCGGUUGGAUAUGCUAUCUUGUCAACGAUCAAAUUAUUCAUUUAUGGGAAGCUUUAAGCUGUAUUGUACUGUAUGCUCUCUUUAUUAUAACUGUCGUUUUAAUGCAAGUUUACGAUUCAAGAGAGGAAAACAUAAAAAAUCGUUUUCCAAAAAUGGUAGACGUAGAAAUUUUGAGAAUGUUUCUGACGAAUAGAGACAUAACUUAUCAUCCACAACUUCGAUCUCGUGCAGUUAAUCUUCAAACAAAACUUGACGUUGCCAUUGCAAAGGAAAUGGAAAGAAAUAAAUUGGAUCAAGAGCCAUUAGAACAACAAGUAUUGCAAGAGAAAGAAAAAUCCUCACGACCUAAGGGUCUUUUUCGAGAGUUUCUUUUCGACGUAUCGCCAAUAAACAUUGACGACUGGAGAUCAGGAAACGUAUUUCUCAAGACUGUUCUUGUAAUUCGUACACCAUUUAUGUUUUUCCUUCAGUUAUGCGUUCCAGUGGUUAAUGAAAUUGCUGAAAAAAGAGGAUGGUCAAAAUUGUUAAAUUGUUUGCAAUUAUUUUUGACGCCAAUUAUUGUUCUUUUUUUCUUUAAAGCGUGGAAUUCGAAGAUUUAUAUGGUACCUUCAAUUGCACUAGGGGUGCCAAUUUUUGCUGGAAUUGCCAUAAUUGUGUUUUUAUUGACUUCUGCGGAUAGAAUUCCAUACUUUCAUAAUGGUUUUGCUUUUCUGGGAUUUGGAGCAGCGAUGUUCGUUGUUUAUUUCGUAGCAGGAGAAGUGAUGUUAGUACUUCAAUGUAUCGGUUACAUUAGUGGAAUAUCAGAUGCAAUGCUGGGAAUAACAUUUCUUGCAUGGGGCAAUAGUAUUGGUGAUUUAAUAUCGAAUGUAACAAUAGCAAAGAAAGGUUUUCCACGAAUGGGUUAUGCCGCAUGCUUUGGUGGACCGAUGUUUAAUACUUUAUUGGGGUUAGGACUGACUUAUGGAAUAGCUGCAGCCCGUGCCGAGGGGAACUUAAUUCAAAUUCGAAUCAGUGAUAUGGCCCCUGGAUGUUUAGCAUUUCUCUUUUGUUCAUUAUUGGCAUCUAUGAUUUAUUUAACUGCCACUGGUUUCCUUGCCAGGCGCUCUUACGGCUUUUUGCUUUACACAAUUUAUUUUUCCUUUAUUUUAAUUUGCUUUCUCAGCGAAUUUCAUAUUAUACAUCCCCUCGGCACCGAUCAUCGUCCUGAGUAAUUA